AUGGGCUCGAGCGGAACCGACUCGGCCGCAGAGGAGGCCGUCGGUGUCCUCCUGCACGAGUCGCAGCGGCUGCGCUACAGGAUCCAGUCCCUGGCAUCCGUCCUCAGGGAAUCCAACUCCGGCGUCCCCGUCGUCUCGUCGGACAAGGCCAAGAUGCUGCUCCUCGUCUCGCGCGCACUCGCCAGCAUCUCCGGGGACAUAGCCAGGAGGCAUGGAUCCCCAAAUCCACGCAAGUCUGCCACCGAGGAGGACCAAGUUUCUUCCUACCAAGAGCACCGCGCCGGCUGGAAAUCUACGUGGGGCGGCCCCAUUGGAAACACCGGUGGCUUCCAUGAUAUAACCACACUGAGUCCUAUGCACUUUACUCGCCGGGUGCCUGUUAACAUCCCCGACUACUUUUACAUCACCCCAGCUUUGCAGAUCUACUCCUUCAAAAUUUUUAGACUAAAUGAAAACUUGAACUGGCCGCUCCACGUGUACGGUGUGGUCGCUGCUCGAGACGAUGUAGACAGUAACCGCAACCUUCUCUUCUGCCGGUCGAGGGCUAAUUGCCAAGUACUCACUGAAAAGGAUCCUUUUCUACGCUUGACCGGCCCUUCCCGUGCAAUUCAAGCUAAGGCACCUGUUGACUUUGAAGUCGAACUGAAGAUAAAAUAUGGAACCGAGUCCAAAGAUAUAGCAUUCUUCUGUUCUACCAACCAUCACCAUAUGCACAAUCAUACCGCUUGGUUCCCCGGUUCCUCUUGUGAUGGAGAGAUAAGCCUUCAAACAAUUGGUAGAGCGGUUCAGGCCACUGUCCUGGGUGUUUGCGUACUUGAAGGUGGGCCGCCUUUUGAAUAUGGAUGUCGAGUCGCUUGCUCCCUAUCAUCUGCAGAGCCUAUUGAGGAUCUCCCGUCGAACCAAGUUGUGUUGCUUGAUUGUCACGGUGAACAAAUUCCUGUAGAAUCAGAUGGUUAUCUUAAUCUAUCAAGGAAUGUUGUCACCGCAGAAUUACAAGGAACACUAAAAGUUGUCAUCCAAGCAUACUCGGAAUCUGGUGCUAUUGCUGGACAGGGGGAUGUCGAUUUCCCUGCCCAACAUUGCCAGAUGAGUAGGGGUGUGUGUUUUGUUGGCAGCUCUAAGGUCGAGAUUGUUGUUGCUUGGUCUCUUCUUGUCGAUGAUAAGCUGGAUAUCUUGUAG